UUUUACCAGAUUCAUUCAUUUGUUGCAUUUUAUACAUAUCGUAAUCUCUAAAGCCUCCAACUUUUUUUCUUUGUUUUUUCUUUUGCAUUAUAUUUAUUUAAGCAACAAAACAAACCAAAAAUACCAAUAAAAUUAAAAACAAGUCCCAGAUAAAUACUAAAAAUACAUAAUGUUCAAUCAAAAUAAGUAAAUAACUUUCAAUAAUACCAUAUGGAAGGUUAAAGGUACCAAUGAACAUUCAUGCAUAAUCCCAUUAUUAUAAAUAUAAUAUAGACGAAGUGGGGUCCAUUAUUCCACGAAGGGAUGGAAUAUGAAUGUCUGGCUUGCUUUCCAUUUGUGUCACCUUUCCUAAAAUCACCAUUUCUCUCUGAUCUUGUUUUGCCCUGCCACUCAACCCCUCUGUCUCCUUCUCAACAUAUUAUUUAUUUAUAUAUCAUAUAUUAUAUACUGUCUUUUUCUCAAAAAUAUACAUAUACUUAUAUAUUAAAUACUAUCUAAUCCAUGCAAGCUAAGUUUACUGCUUUAGUUUAUUCCUUUCUGAAUUCUAAGUUUCCUGUAUGUAUGAAUGAAAAAUUUAUUGUCGCUGCCAAAUACAAAACACAGUAAAAGCAAUAGUAAUCUGAUUGUCAUGCAGAAUAUAACUAGGCAUGAUUGACGAGUAAUAUUAUUUGCAAAGAGUCCGAGAAAGAUGGUGUUUUUUUUUUUCUUUUUUCCUUUUUUAAAUCUUUAUAUGAAACGGCCGAAAUCUGGACUCUAUGUUUGAUCUGGUUGAUUUGAUAAAUAUUAUCCAAAAAUAACAAAACCCCACAUCCCAUAACGGAUACGCGUUUUCUGUAUUCCGUUAUAUUCUCUCAACUUUUGAAUUUUCAAGAGGAUAUGGAGCGGAUAUUAAUCACUUUUUUUUUUUUUUUCCUUUAAAAUAUAUCUUAUAUAGUAAUAUAUAUUUUGAGUUUGGCUUGGCGUGGUUUCUGAGACUGAACAACUGGAUAUCCAACCAGACAAAUAAUUUCUUUUUCAUUUUCUUUUUUUUUUUUUUUUUUUUUUUUUGAAAAUAAUAAAUGAACGCAGUACAAGAAAGACAAAGGAAUGUAGAAGGCAAAAGCAAAAGGUGUGACACUGCUGGCACUGCAGAGCAGCGAGAGCGAGAGAGAGAGCCAAAAAAAAAAAAAAGAAAAAGAAAAAAGAGAAAGAAGGGGUUGGGUUGGUGAUCUUGUGAAUCUACUCUCACUCUUGGGAUAUUUACGUAAAAUCAUCAUCAUCUUCAUCUUCGUGAUCCGUAUAGUAGUAGUAGUGGAGCUAGUACUACUGUUUCAGAUUCUGAUGGAGGUGGUAGUUUAAAGAGUAACCAAAAAAAAAAAAAACAAAAAAUGGUGUCCGACAACGCUUUCUCUACUUGUAUCCGCUCUCCAUUAACUCCUAAGUUCCCCAACUCCUUCACAACUCGGAUAUUUUCAGAUGUUGCCGGUGACAUCACAAUCGUUGUUGAUGGCGAGCCAUUCUUAUUGCAUAAGUUUCCAUUGGUGGCGCGAAGUGGAAAGAUUCGGAAAAUGGUUGCAGAUGCCAAGGACUCAAAUCUGUCAAAACUGGAGCUCCUAAAUGUACCAGGGGGACCCCAGAGUUUUGAACUAGCAAUGAAAUUUUGUUAUGGCAUGAACUUUGAGAUCACGGCCACAAAUGUUGCACAUCUGCGCUGUGCUGCAGAAUAUUUGGAAAUGACAGAAGACUAUAGGGAAGAGAAUCUCAUUGCGAGAACUGAGACUUACCUGAAUGAAGUUGUAACUCAAAGCCUAGAAAAGUCUAUGGAAGUUCUGGCAACCUGUGAGAUGCUGCCUCCUUUAGCAGAGGAGGUCGGAAUCCAAAGUAGAUGUAUAGAAGCUAUUGCUCUAAAUGCCUGCAAGGAACAACUAGUUUCAGGUUUGGCGAGGUUAGAUUGUGAUGGUGAAUCCACAGAGCUCAAGACCGGAUGUCUCGAAUGGUGGGUUGAAGAUCUCUCAGUUUUAAGGAUUGAUUACUACCAAAGAGUUAUAUGUGCCAUGGGAAGAACAGGCGUUCGACCGGAUAGUAUUAUUGCUUCUUUAAUGCAUUAUGCUCAAGCAUCACUGAAGGGCAUUGGAAAAUGCCAAAUUUGGAAUCCGGCUAGAGUGAAGCCGAAUCCUAGCAUGGAAGAACAUGACCAAAGAACUAUUGUUGAAAGUCUUGUAAGUUUAAUGCCAACAGAGAAAAGUUGUUCGAUUCCACUCAGCUUUUUGUUUGGAAUGUUGAGGAUGGCAAUCAUGCUGGAUGUUAGCAUUGCCUGCAGGCUUGAGCUUGAAAGGAGAAUUGCUUUUCGGUUGGAGAUGGUUUCCCUAGAUGAUCUCCUUAUACCAUCAAUAAGAACAGGGGACUCAUUGUUUGAUGUUGAUACAAUUCAUCGUAUAUUGGUAAAUUUCCUACAGAGGAUUGAAGAAGAAGACAAUGAAGAUUGUGGCUAUGAAUCUGAAGGAGUUGGUUCUCCAAGUCAUGGUUCUUUGUUGAAAGUUGGGCGGCUAAUCGACUCAUAUCUAGCAGAAAUUGCUCCUGACCCUUACCUGAACUUACAGAAGUUUACAGCCAUGAUCGAAAUACUGCCUGAUUAUGCACGAGUUAUUGAUGAUGGACUUUAUAGGGCAAUUGAUAUAUAUUUGAAGGCUCAUCCAAUGCUUACUGAACUAGAAUGCAAGAAGCUGUGCAAGUUCAUAGACUGUGGAAAACUCUCUCAAGAAGCCUGCAAUCAUGCUGCACAAAAUGAUCGACUUCCAGUACAAAUGGCAGUACGAGUUCUCUACUUUGAGCAGCUGCGGAUGAAAGAUGCAUUGUCUGGAAGCUCUGGAGAUGGUUUACUUUCACAGAGAAUUAGCAGUGGAGUUCCCAGUGCUGCUAUGUCUCCUAGAGAUAAUUAUGCUUCUCUAAGGAGAGAAAAUCGAGAACUAAAGCUGGAAAUUUCAAGGAUGAGAGUAAGACUUAGCGAGUUGGAGAAGGAGCAGCUGUGUAUGAAACAAGGAAUGAUGGACAAAACAGGAAAUGGGAAAACAUUCUUGACAUCAAUCUCCAAGGGAAUUGGAAGGAUUGGAAUUUUUGGUGCUCCAACGGGAGGAAAGCGCCCAAAAUCUGGUCGAAAGGGCAGGGGAUCAGAUGGGAAAACUGGUAGAAGUAGGAGGCAUUCUGUUUCUUAGCUUGUUGUUAAAGAAAAAGGUAGUUCUAGUUGUUUAACCAGGUUCUUGAUGGUAUAGCAGUU